AUAAAAAAAAAAAAAAUUUUUUUCAGUUUAUUUUUACUCCUAGAAAAUAAAAAAACGCGUCUAAAUGUCGUCAAAUUCUGAUGCCAAUAUCCCAACAGAGCUUUACUCUUUAGUUCUUCAAUUUUUAAAAGAUGCAGGUCUAUCACAAACAGCUAAAAUUUUUAAAAAAGAAAUAAAUAAGUCAAUAAAAGUUGUAAACCAAAAACUUGGCUUAAUCGAGGUUUACAAGUCUUACAAUUCUCUUUUAGCUGGUAAAACCAUUGAAAAAGUAGAAUCUGAUGAUUCUUCAUCGAUUUCUGAGAAUAGCUCUAAUCAUGAAGAGAACGAGAGUAUCAAUGAAUCAUCAUCCUCAUCUGAAGAUGAUGAUCAAAGUUCAGAGGAUGAAGUUUUAAUAAAAGAAACUAAUUCCAAAAAUGAAUCUGAUAAAGUGGAUGAACCUUCUGGUGAGGAAUUAAAAAAUGAUGAUGAAAUGAAAGAUAGUUCAAGUUCUUCAAGCGAAGAUGAUGACGAUUCUUCUGAUUCUUCCUCAAUUGAAGAGGAAAAUAAUGGUAAUGUUUUAAGUUCUGGUAAAGAAUCGGACAGUUCAGAUUCUAGUAGUUCAGAUUCAUCUUCUGAACAAAGUGAAAACGAAGAACAAAGUGUUGGGGCGUCAAAUGUAAAUGAAGAUUCAGAUCUUUCCAACGAGUCAUCCAGCGAAUGUUCAUCAAGUAAUAGUUUAAGUGAAGAUGAUGAAGAAAAUAGUAAAAUGAAAAUUCGUUCCGAUAACGAAUUAGUUUCAUCUAGUAGCGAAGAAAGUGAUAAGGAACAAGAAAAAGGUUCUAACGUAGCUGAUACUCGAGAUAACAAUAAAACCAACAGUAACAACAGCAACAGUAGUGAUAAUGAAUCAGAGGAAAGUGAUAAUGAAUCUGAAGAUGAAAGUAAACCAGGAAAUACACAAAACAAUAUAAAUAAUAUUAAAGAACAUAGUGGAGAAAACAAAGAUAGAUUAUUUCAUAGUAAUGGUAAAAUAGCCAGUACUGAAAUAGACAAGUCGGAAUCAAGUAAUUCAUCACAUAAAAUAAAUGUUCCUUUAACUAACGGAAAUAAAUUAAAACAUAAACUUGAUUCAAAUAAUGACACUUUGGAUGGUAAAGAUUAUACACGACCUCCUAAAAAACUAAAUUCGAAUGUGAGUACUAAAUAUGUUACGACUAGUGUACAUUUUAAACCAUUAUCAGUGUAUAAAAAUCAGAAAAAAAAUGGUAAAUCGAAUAAAACGGAAAACGAAAGUAAUAGUAAUGGAAAUAUAUAUAACCGCAGAAUAAAUCCGAAAGAAGUGGAAUUUCUUGAUGAACGAUUAAAAGACAACAGCUUUCUGGCUAAAGACGGUGCUAUUGACUCUUAUGGUUAUAAGGCUCAUAAUGAUUUAUUUGCUACCCGAGGUAAAGAUUUUCGUGCGCAAAAAACUAAAAAGAAAAGAGGAUCUUAUCGUGGAGGAAAGAUUGAUUUUGAGUCUCACUCUAUAAAGUUUGCUGUGGAUGAUUAAAAAUUUGUUUUAAUAUUAAUAAAUAAUACAAUUGAUUUUCAAUCAUAAAAU